AUGUGUCUGUCACCCACCCAGGAUGGCGUGCAGCAGCAACAGCAGCAGCAGCACUGUGGAGAUCAACUGCAGCAGCAGCAGCAGCAGCAACACUUUGAGGAACACGAAGAACAACACACACCAGCAGCACAGAACCGCACUCAUACUCAACAGCUACAGCAGCAGCAGCAGCAGCAGCAGCAGGAAAGGGAGCCGCAGCAACAGGAGCAUGUCCUGAGUCGCCAGGUUACUGAACAGGAGGAGGAGGAACAGCAGCAGCAGCAGCAGCAGCAGCAGGAGCCGCAGGAGGAGCAGCAGGAAGAGCAGCAGCAGCAAGGAAGCCAAAGCAGAAAUCUUUUCAGGGUUGGCAACGCGUUGCACUUGGCACAAGACAGCAGCAGCAGCAGCAGCAGCAGCAACAGCAGCAAGCAGUCGCGUCGCCGCCGAG